UAUAAAUUAUAAAGAUAAUUAUAAAAUUUUUUAUAACAUUAUUAUUCAAUAAAAAGUUAAUUAAGUUCAUUGGUUUUCUCUCAAAUUUUUGAAAUAAUCUCAUAAUUAAUAUGUCGAUUUGUUUAUAACAUUAAAUAACUAUGCAUAUGGAUCCUAAUUUUGUAAAUAUUUUGUUAAUAAUGUAAACAUUACCUUUUUGAUAAUUGUAAAAGAUGAAUAGUAGUGUAAGUAGUUAUUUUGAUGUUAUAUAUUAGAAGAAAUUCAUCAACCUUUCUUAAAUUUAAUUUUUAGAUAGUGCUCAAUUUAAAUGAUGUAAAAAGUUCAGACCAUAACACAAAAAUGUUGAAAGAACUCCGUCAAUCUUUGAGUUCAUCUCAAGCGUAUCGCAUUUCAAAUUCCACUAUACGCUUUCAAACACAUUUUGUUAUUCUAGUUUCAUUAAUUGGUAUUCUCUUCUUAGUAGUUUUGUAUAAUAUAACAUAUACAGCGCCAAAACUUGUUAGUUAUGGAUUUAAUCGGCCAUCUGAUCAAUUUGUGUAUAAAUUAAACACCAAAUCAAACUAUCCAUUGUCUUCACCAAUUCAUAUUGAAAAUGUGGGUAUAAAGUACCGUAUUGCAAUUGUUAGUGACUUAGACAAAGCUUCUAAAAGUCAGACUGAGAAAAACAUGUGGUACAGUUACUAUAAAAAGGGAUAUCUUACUUGGUUCUCCAGUAGCAAUUCUAUAGAACUACUCUGGGAUGACAACGAGCCUAAAAUAUUGAAAUCUUCUAUAUCUAUGGGUGGUCGAGGAAUGGAACUUUCAGAAUUGGUCACAUUCAAUGGCAAAAUUUAUUCGUUUGAUGAUCGAACUGGUAUAGUUUAUAGUAUUGGUAAAGAUGACACCGUUUUACCUUGGAUUAUACUUAUGGAUGGCAAUGGAACUGAUUUUAAAGGUGAAAUUUGUAUUUCAUAUUACCUAUUUGUUGUGUUCAUAUAAAUAUUUGUUUAAUAUUCAUAUAGGUUCACACUUCUUCCUACUACUUGUGCUAUUUGUGUAUCUAUUCAUAUGAAAUGGUUAAUAUAUAUAUAUUCAAAUAUAUAUUGCAAUAGGUUUUUUUUUUAUAAAUUUGUCUUUUUAAUAGCCUGAGCUAUUAUUAAGUAAAUAAGUAGAUUAAGGUAGAAUAUAUCUUUGAAAACAACUCUGUAGCAGAAAAAGAAUAAUUUAUUUGUUAUGAUAUAACAAUCUAUAAACAAAAAUAAGAACAUUAUUCUUUAGGGGGUAUUUCCCAUACUUCUAAAAGUAGGACAACAGUAGACUUCUAAAAAUUAAUAAUUAUAUUGCAUUCCAUAGUCCUAGUAUGUAUAUAAGAAAAUAUUUUGGGGGGAGGGGAGCGAAUCCCUCCAUUGUAUACGUGUCUGCUAUAAUAAUCUAGCUAACAUUGUUUUUUCAGGAUUUAAAAGCGAAUGGGCAACUAUACAUAACUCAGAUUUAUAUAUAGGUAGCAUGGGUAAAGAAUGGACCACAUCAUCAGGAGAAUUUGUUAAUUAUAAUCCAAUGUGGGUAAAAGUAAUAAAUAAAUUUGGUCAUGUUACUCAUGUUAAUUGGACAGACAACUAUAUUGCCAUUCGUAAAGCAGUAAAUAUACAAUUUCCUGGAUACAUGAUACACGAGUCGUGUGCAUGGAGUCAAAUACAUAAACGAUGGUUCUUUUUACCGCGUAGAAGUUCAAAUAAACGGUAUGAUGAAAAUACCGACGAGUAUAUGGCUACAAAUAUAUUAAUAUCAGCUGAUGGUAACUUUAACAAUAUAAAGGUAAUUUAUUAUAAUGAUAUAGUGUUUACGAGUGUAUAAUAUAAUCAUAUUUUAAUACAAUUUUAUUUGUUAAAUAGGUGGUACAUAUUGGUAAAAUAGUACCUACCCAUGGAUAUUCUAGUUUUAAAUUCCUACCCGGCACAAAUGAUAAAAUUAUUGUAGCACUCAAGUCUGAAGAAGUUGGAUCUAUAACUGCUAGUUACAUUACAGCAUUUAAAAUCGAUGGAACAAUUAUACUGCCAGAAAUUAAAGUAGCCAAUCAUAAAUAUGAAGGAAUAGAAUUUAUAUGACCCAUAUCAAAAUGUUGUGAUUUAAAUUAUUUUCAAUAACUUGUUUUUAGUUUAUGAUAUAAACAUUUAUUAUUGCAUAAUAUUACUUAUAAAGACUGUUUAAGUUUUUCUAUAAAUAAUAAAAGUUCUUCUUUAGAAAAUUCCCAAAAAACCUUUUUAAAAAAUUCAGGAUUUUCCAUGUUUGUUGACCUAGGUCCUUCCUUCAAAUGUAAUACAACUUGUAGUAACGGUUCUUCAAGUUUGCUUAAUGAACUGCUCCCCAUUAUAUACUAAAAAGAAAAUUUUUAAAUAUUUAUUGCUCAAAUAGAUAAAUAAUUAUUUUAAGUACCUACCUAAAUUAUAACUUCAAUUUAAUAAAAUUUGUAUAAUAUUAUACAAUUCUAUAAUUUUAUUUCUUACAAAUCUACAAAUAAUUUAAUAAGAUAAAUUAAACCUUAUUA